AUGACCAGACAGACCAAGGAAGGCAGUCGGCAGCUAGCCUUUGACACGGCGGUCAAGGUAGUCAAGCAGAGAAGCACCAUGGGGCGGCAGCGGACCGGGCAUGCAUCCAAUGAUCCCGGAUUGGAAUCGAGGAGAGAACACAGAGUGGCAGGCGCGCAGGCGAGAGGACUGGAGGCAGGUUUCGCAGACCCACCCACCUCGCAGAGUGGGCCCAGUGGCCAGUGGCCGGUGGCUCACCUGGCUCAUGGCUCACCGUACCGCCGCCCGCACCACCCAAGACCACGGCCUCAUGCCUCAAUGCCUCAUGCCUCCAGGCGACUGCCCUUCCCCCGCGACCCGACCCCUCAUCCCUCAUUAACCACAACCCAGUCAUCCUCUCUCCUCCUCUCUCUCCAUCUCCCAUCUGCACUUGCACUCGUCUUCUUCACCCCGAUCCACAUCCAUCCACCGCAACAAUGGCCAUUUAUGAAGGUGCAGCUCGCGAAGCUCAAGGCCGACCAGGAGAAGUCCGGCAAGAAGGGCGACCACCGGGAGAACUUCAAGAAGGUCGCUGCCAUGUGGAAGGAUGCCCCGGAGAACCCGAAGAACAAGGCCUCGUAA